CAACACAGCGACAGAAAUAUAACUAAAAUGGCGGCGGAAAACAGCGCCGAAUUUCAGGAUGAUAAAGAAAUCCUCAUCAACAAGGGUGAUGUUCAAGAGGUACAACAAAAGAGCGGAGCUGUCACAGAAAGUACGACUGCCAAACCAUCCAAAAUGACACUGUAUCAUUGGACGCAGUCCUUCAGUUCGCAGAAGGUGCGUCUGGCCAUAGCAGAGAAGGGACUGAUCUGUGAGGAGUAUGAUGUCAGUCUGCCUCUUAGUGAACACAACGAGCCCUGGUUCAUGAGACUGAACCCGGCAGGAGAGGUACCAGUCCUCGUCCACAAUGACAACGUCAUCACAGACCCUGUUCAGAUCAUGGACUAUCUAGACCAGAACUUCAGAGAUGAGGGAACUGCUAAGCUGAUCCCCGAGGAAGGCAGUAUGUACUACCACAGAGUCCAGCACUACAGAGAACUACUGGACUCUCUACAGAUGGACGCCUAUACACACGGCUCUAUACUCCACCCAGAGAUCACCGUGGACUCACACAUCCCAGCCUACGCCACCACACGUAUACGAGCACAGAUUGGGAACACAGAGUCGGAGCUGAAGAAGCUAGCGGAGCAAAACCCAGAGCUAAAAGAUGCCUAUAUGGCUAAAACGAGGCGUUUAAAGCACAAGCUGUUUGACCAUGACAACAUGAAGUAUCUUAAGAAGAUUCUGGAUGAGUUGGAGAAAGUUCUGGACCAGGUUGAGACAGAGCUACAGAGGAGAGCAGAGGAGACACCAGAGGAGGGCAGCAGUCAGUCGUGGCUGUGUGGAGAGUUCUUCAGCAUGGCCGACGUCUCCCUGGCUGUCACCCUGCACCGCCUCAAGUUCCUGGGGCUUUCCCGCCGUUACUGGGGCAACGGGAACCGCGGCAACCUGGAGGCCUACUACGAGCGUGUGCUGGAGCGCCCGUCCUUCCGGAGGGUUCUGGGUCACGUAAACAACAUCCUGAUCUCGGCCGUGCUACCCGCCGCGUUCCGGGUGGCGAAGCAACACGUGCCGGCGUUCGUUGGCACCACGCUGCUCAUAGGCAUCCUGGGAGGAGCCACGUACCUGGCCUUCCUUUACCUGAAGACCAGGAUGUUAAUUACCAGGUGGUAGAGGUGAGAGAGAGAGAGAGAGAGAGAGAGAGAGAGAGAGAGAGAGAGAGAAAUGGGAAGAGAGGCAGGGAAGGAGAGAGAGAGAGAGAGAGAGAAAUGGGAAGAGAGGCAGGGAAGGAGAGAGAGAGAGAGAAAUGGGAAGAGAGGCAGGGAAGGAGAGAGAGAGAGAGAGAGAGAGAGAGAGAGAGAAAUGGGAAGAGAGGCAGGGAAGGAGAGAGAGAGAGAGAGAGAGAGAAAUGGGAAGAGAGGCAGGGAAGGAGAGAGAGAGAGAGAAAUGGGAAGAGAGGCAGGGAAGGAGAGAGAGAGAGAGAAAUGGGAAGAGAGGCAGGGAAGGAGAGAGAGAGAGAGAGAGGGAGAGAGAGAGAGAGAAAUGGGAAGAGAGAGGCAGGGAAGGAGAGAGAGAGAGAGAGAGAGAGAGAGAGAGAGAGAGAAGAGAGAAAUGGGAAGAGAGAGGCAGGGAAGGAGAGAGAGAUAUGCUUAAACCCAGAAUGGGUUGCUUUACUCUGUAACACACAGCCACCAUUGCCCAUUGCUGUACAGUACACUGUGGUGCAGUGGAUUGUCCAUAAACCAUAGACACAAUAGAAUAUAACUUUAUUGAAUAUAACUUUAUUGUUCACAUAAUGUGGACAUUUCUCUUUGCCGUGGUGCUCAUUGCAUUAUUUAAUAGGUAAAAUAUGCUUUUUCAGUCAUCUUUAGUUUGUGUGUCAGAUUGUCAGAUGAGUCUGUGGUUCCUCCUACCUUCUGACAGCUUAGCUUUGUCAGAUGAGUCUGUGGUUCCUCCUACCUUCUGACAGCUUAGCUUUGUCAGUUGAGUCUGUGGUUCCUCCUACCUUCUGACAGCUUAGCUUUGUCAGUUGAGUCUGUGGUUCCUCCUACCUUCUGACAGCUUAGCUUUGUCAGUUGAGUCUGUGGUUCCUCCUACCUUCUGACAGCUUAGCUUUGUCAGUUGAGUCUGUGGUUCCUCCUACCUUCUGACAGCUUAGCUUUGUCAGUUGAGUCUGUGGUUCCUCCUACCUUCUGACAGCUUAGCUUUGUCAGUUGAGUCUGUGGUUCCUCCUACCUUCUGACAGCUUAGCUUUGUCAGUUGAGUCUGUGGUUCCUCCUACCUUCUGACAGCUUAGCUUUGUCAGAUGAGUCUGUGGUUCCUCCUACCUUCUGACAGCUUAGCUUUGUCAGAUGAGUCUGUGGUUCCUCCUACCUUCUGACAGCUUAGCUUUGUCAGAUGAGUCUGUGGUUCCUCCUACCUUCUGACAGCUUAGCUUUGUCAGAUGAGUCUGUGGUUCCUCCUACCUUCUGACAGCUUAGCUUUGUCAGAUGAGUCUGUGGUUCCUCCUACCUUCUGACAGCUUAGCUUUGUCAGAUGAGUCUGUGGUUGUCAGUUCUUUGCUUGGUUAUACAGUAUAUUAACAGUUUAUUUACAAAAGGCUUUAUCCAUACAUACAUUUUUCACAUUUGUGUUUUUUCAUCAGAAGUGAUUGCUUAUGGGUACCUUGAUGUGUGUGUAAAAUAUGACUGUUCUGAGAUGUUUCAUGCAUAGGUUUUAGAUGUGUAUAAAAAUGUGUUUUUGCAAAAUGCUAUAUAUCCACAAUUUGCUGCCGUGUCCUGUCUUGUCCUGAUGAAAUUAAACAGUUUUUUUCACUUGAUUCAGAACUAA